CGGAUGGCCUUUGACAUCGCCGCGAACGUCUCCGGAUCAUGUCCCAGGCAUACUCUGUUUGGGAAAGUUCAACUCGGCGUUGUGUGUUCAAGAACAGGGCACUGAUGACCAUGUUGAUUCUGGCAGCUGUGUCCAUGACAGCAACCCUAGUCCUCCUUAGAUACACUGAGGGAAACCCGCAGCACCGAUUGAAAACAUUGACUCAAAUUGGAUCUAGUAUUAACGGUCAUAUGCUGGCGGAAGGUCAGAAGACUAUGGUGGUCAUUCUGACGUACAUGCGCAGUGGGUCAUCUUUCACCGGUGAAAUCAUCCAGAGGAGCCCGGAUGUGUUCUACGUCUUUGAGCCGUUGUAUUCCUAUUCAAGAUUAAUCAAUCAGAGCUCACUUGAUGCCCUUGAGUAUUCUAAAACGUAUGAAUCGACGCUGGAGGAUUUCCUGGUCUGCAACCUGACUGAGAUAGACACUCACACUUUACACCAACACCAUAUGAUUGACAGUUUGGACACAAUGAGUUACUACUUUUGCACAAUGGAACAACGCCGAAAUUCGGAAGCCUGCCUUCAUUUGCUGGAAAAGGCGUGUGUCAGGUCACGUGUAUCAUGUGUAAAAACGAUCCGAUACAACAUGAACGAUAUGACGCACCUCAUGGGGAAACAUGACCAUAUGAAAAUACUACAUUUGAUACGUGACCCAAGGCCAACUCUACUUUCUCAGGGCAAACUCGACGAAUUCACGGUCGAGAGCCUAGGUACAUUUGCAGCGGUGCUUUGUAACAGGGCAAAGAGGGAUUUUGACCAAGCCCUGUUCAUGAAGAAGCAGUAUCCAGGCCGUAUUGCCACGAUUCGGUACGAAGAUUUAGCCGACAAGCCCAUGUUAAUUGCUGAACAGAUGUACAGUUUCAUUGGCCUUGACUUAACUGACGAGAUCAGACAUUACAUCCACCGUAUCACAAACGGAAGCAGUGACUGCGGUUCCUAUUGCACACAAAGGAACUCUAAGGACGCGAUUUCCCGCUGGCGGCAGGGUUUGACAUACACGCAGGUAUCCCUCAUUGACAAAAUAUGUCAGCCUCUGUACCGGGUGAUGGGGUACUUACCCGCACAGAACGAAGACCACCUACAUAAUCUGUCGGUACCCCUUUAUACAACUGUACCCAUAUAAAGUAGCGUUGUGGAUUAUAAUUCAAUAAAUUCUAGAUUAUAACUUGGGUUUUUUUACCCGUGAAGAUCCCGAGUAAAAUUGGUUUUCAGCAACCCUUACUUGUCGUAAGAGGCGACUAUCGAGAUCGGGAGAUCAGGCUCGCUGACUAAACUUAUGCAAGCCAUCGUAUCACAA